AUGGCUGACCAAGGCUACGGCCAGUAUCCCGACCAGCAGUACGCUCAACAGGCCCCCGAUCCUCACUCUGGUGCUGUCGCCUCGCCUCCCCCCGACCAAGCCGCACACCAGCCGCCCGAGGCUGGCAAGAAGAAGAAGCGCGACCGAUAUGCGACCCAGGCUUUCGAGUUCGGCGCCGGUGGAAAUGCCGCCGCCGGGGGCCAGACCCCGGGUGGUAUGCCGCCAGCCCCCGGCGCAGGUGCCGCCCCAAUGGCCGGCUACCCGGCUCAGCAGGACUUCCAGGCCGGCUACCCUGGCGCCGCCGCCCCCGCGUACGGCGGCGCCCCGGCUCCCGCAGCAUACGGUGCCCCCGGAGGCACCCCCGCGGCUGCAGUAGGUGGCUACCAAGCUCCGGACCCCUAUUACCAGGGUGGCGCUGGAGCUCCCGGCGCGGCACCUCAGGGCGUGUCCGGUAUCACGGCCGGCAUGGCCGGCAUGAACAUGGGAGGACAGCAGCCUCCGCAGCCACCUGCCCAGCAGGCUCGCGCUGCCCUGAACCAGCUGUAUCCCACCGACCUGCUCAACCAGCCCUUCAAUGUCUCCGAGCUCGACCUGCCUCCCCCACCGUGCAUUUUGCCUCCCAACUCCAGCGUCACCCAGUCGCCAGAUGCAAACUGCCCACCCAAGUACAUGCGAUCCACCCUGAACGCGGUUCCGACCACCCACUCGCUUCUUAAGAAGUCGAAGCUCCCCUUCUCGCUAGUCAUUCAGCCGUAUGCUGCGCUGCAUGACAUUGACGACCAGGUUCCCGUCGUUCAGGAUCAGGUUAUUGCCCGCUGCCGAAGAUGUAGGACCUACAUCAACCCUUACGUCAUUUUCCUCGACCAGGGCCACCGAUGGAGGUGCAACAUGUGCAACCUCACCAACGAUGUACCCCAGGCAUUCGACUGGGACGCCGCCGCCCAGAAGAGCGUCAACCGCUGGGACCGCCCCGAGUUGAACCACGCUGUUGUCGAGUUUGUCGCCCCCCAGGAGUACAUGGUUCGCCCUCCUCAGCCCUUGGUCUACCUGUUCUUGUUCGAUGUCAGCUACGCGGCCGUUUCCACCGGUCUCCUCGCUACCAGCGCGCGUACCAUCUUGGAUAGUCUUAACAGGAUACCGAACGCUGACCGAAGGACCCGCAUCGGGUUCAUCGCCGUCGACUCCAGCUUGCACUACUUUGCCAUUCCCAAGGAUGGCGACGAGAAUGCCGAGACCAGCAUGCUCGUCGUGAGCGACUUGGAUGAGCCAUUCCUGCCUGUGCCUCAAGAUCUGCUGGUUCCCCUCACCGAAAGCCGGGUCAGCAUCGAGAACUUCCUCACCAAGCUCCCCGAGAUGUUCCAAAACAACCAGAACAACGGAUCAUGCAUGGGCUCUGCGCUGAGAGCAGGCCAUAAGUUGAUCUCCCCGCUCGGAGGCAAGAUUGUCGUUUUAAGUGCCUCAUUACCGAACCUCGGCGUCGGUAAGCUUGAGAUGAGAGAAGAUAAGAAGCUCCUGGGGACGUCCAAGGAGAGUGGGCUUCUCCAGACUGGCAACUCCUUUUACAAGUCAUUCGCAGUGGAAUGCUCAAAGAACCAAGUCUCAAUCGACAUGUUCCUCUUUUCGUCACAGUACCAAGAUGUGGCCUCGCUCAGCAACCUACCUCGAUACACCGGUGGCCAGACCUGGUUCUACCCUGGAUGGAACGCAGGCCGUCCGGAAGACGCUAUCAAGUUCGCACGCGAGUUCAGCGACUUUUUGUCCUCAGAAAUCGGUCUGGAAGCUGUCCUCAGAGUGCGUGCUACGACUGGUCUGCGUAUGAGCACUUUCUACGGAAACUUCUUCAACCGAAGCUCUGAUCUGUGUGCCUUCCCGGCGUUCCCCCGCGACCAAUGCUACGUUGUAGAGGUGGCUAUCGACGAGACUCUGCAGAAGAAUUUUGUCUGUCUGCAAGCUGGUGUUCUCUACACCACUUGUAAUGGCGAGAGGCGAAUCCGUGUCAUGACUCUUGCGAUUCCUACAACUACCAACCUGGCUGAUAUCUAUGCGUCAGCCGAUCAGUGUGCUAUUGCAACUUAUUUCAGUCACAAGGCGGUUGAGCGCGCACUAAGCUCCGGUCUGGAGGCCGCUCGUGAUGCUCUGCAGAGCAAGCUUAUUGAGCUGCUGCAGACGUUCAAGAAGGAACUCGGUGGAGGUAGCAUGGGUGGUGGUCUGCAAUUCCCUGCCAACCUCCGCGCCCUGCCUGUGCUCUUCCUCGGAUUGAUCAAGAAUGUCGGUCUCAGGAAAUCAGCUCAGAUCCCGUCCGAUCUUAGAUCCGCCGCUCUUUGCCAGCUCUCGACGCUACCACUUCCUCUGCUUAUGCAGUACAUCUACCCGCGCCUGUACUCAUUGCACGACAUGCCGGACAAUGCGGGAGUGCCGGAUCCAGAGACUAGUCAGAUCACACUUCCGCCUCCCUUGAACCUUUCGUCAGAGAGGUUCGUUAGCUACGGCCUUUACCUGAUCGACGAUGGACAGACACAGUUCCUCUGGAUCGGCAGAGACGCUGUUCCCCAGCUGUUACAGGAUGUGUUCGGCAUCGCCGACCGGACACAGCUGCGCGUCGGCAAGGGCUCCAUCCCCGAGCUGGACAACGACUUCAACGAGCGGGUCAGAGCUGUCAUCCAGAAGAGCAGGGAUCAUCUCUCACGUGGCGUUGGCAGCAUCAUUGUACCUCACUUGUACAUUGUACGGGAAGAUGGCGAGCCAAGCUUGAAGCUGUGGGCUCAGACCUUGCUUGUGGAAGACCGGGCGGACCAGGGUAUGAGCUUUGGCCAGUGGAUGGGCACCAUGAGAGAAAAGGUGAGCAACUGA